UAUAACUGUAUAUAUAUUAUCUCAAUUCAUGAAGUGUCAUUGAUAACUAAUAGACAUCUUCUGAUACAAGUACAGGUAAGUGGUCGAACAUCUCACGUAAACAAAAGCCUUUUGUUAGAACAUUUCUUUGAUUCAUAUAUCAUUUUUAACACCAAAUAACAAGAUCAUGGACCAACCUCACGCGCUUCUAGUCGCUAGCCCUGGCUUGGGUCACCUCAUCCCUAUCCUCGAACUCGGAAACCGUCUCUCCUCCGUCCUAAACAUCCACGUCACCAUACUCGCCGUCACCUCCGGCUCCUCGUCACCGACAGAAACCGAAGCCAUACGUGCAGCCGCUGCUAGAACUGCCUGUGAAAUAACGGAACUUCCCUCGGUGGAUAUAGACAACCUCGUGGAGCCAGAUGCAACGGUGGCCACUAAGAUCGUGGUAAAGAUGCGAGCCAUGAAGUCCAAAGUUCGUGACGCCGUGGAAUCAAUGAAGCGAAAACCAACGGUCAUGAUCGUUGACUUUUUUGGUACGGGGUUGAUGUGCGCAGCCGAUGACGUAGGCUUGACGGCUAAGUACGUGUACAUCCCCUCGCAUGCGUGGUUCUUAGCAGUCAUGGUGUACUUGCCGGUGUUAGAUACGGUAGUGGAAGGUGAGUAUGUUGAUAUUAAGGAGCCUUUAAAAAUACCGGGUUGUAAACCGGUCGGACGAAAGGAGCUGAUGGAAACGAUGUUAGACCGGUCGGACCAGCAAUAUAAAGAGUGUGUACGAGUUGGCUUAGAGGUACCUAUGAGCGAUGGUGUUUUAGUAAAUACUUGGGAGGAGUUACAAGGAAACACUCUCGCUGCGUUUAGAGAGGACGGAGAGUUAAACCGGGUCAUGAAAGUACUGGUUUAUCCUAUUGGGCCUAUUGUUAGGACUAGCGGGCAUGUGGAAAAACUCAAUAGUAUAUUCGAGUGGCUAGACAAACAAGGGGAACGGUCAGUGUUGUAUGUGUGUUUAGGGAGCGGUGGAACGUUGACGUUUGAGCAAACAGUGGAACUCGCUUGGGGUUUAGAGUUAAGUGGUCAAAGGUUCGUUUGGGUUCUACGUAGGCCCGCUUCUUACCUCGGGGCGAGCUCAAGCGAUGAUGAUCAGGUGAUUACCAGCCUACCUGACGGUUUCUUGGAUCGCACGUGUGGUGUGGGGCUUGUGGUUACGCAAUGGGCACCGCAAGUUGAGAUCUUGAGCCAUAGAUCGAUCGGUGGGUUCUUGUCUCAUUGCGGUUGGAGUUCGGUGUUGGAAAGUUUGACUAAAGGAGUUCCGAUCGUGGCUUGGCCUCUUUAUGCGGAGCAGUGGAUGAAUGCCACGUUACUGACUGAGGAGAUCGGUGUGGCCGUUCGUACGUUGGAGUUACCAUCAGAGAAAGUCAUCGGACGGGAAGAAGUGGCAUCUCUGGUGAGGAAGAUUGUGGCGGAAGAGGAUGAAGAAGGACAGGAAAUUAGGGCUAAAGCUGAAGAGGUGAGGGUUAGCUCCGAAAGAGCUUGGAGUCAAGGUGGAUCAUCUUAUAAUUCUCUAUUUGAAUGGGCAAAACGAUGUUAUCUUGUAUCGUGAUUUGAAAAAUAACAUCAUAUCAACCUUUUUAUAUGAAUCUAAAAGUGUGUUAAAUUUUGCUA